CCUCCCGUGGCCCCGCCCCCCUCGGCGGGCAGGGCGGUGCGCGGGGCCGCGGGAGGCGCACGCGCCGGCGGGCAGGGUCAGCGGCAGCCAUGAGCUUCUUCAUAGACUCCGGCAUCAUGGUCACCUCCCAGGUGCUGUUCUUUGGAUUUGGGUGGCUAUUCUUCAUGCGUAAGCUCUUCAAGGAUUAUGAGGUGCGACAGUACGUGGUCCAGGUGAUCUUCUCUGUGACUUUUGCCUUCUCUUGUACCAUGUUUGAACUCAUCAUCUUUGAGAUUUUGGGGGUGCUGAACAGCAGCUCUCGAUAUUUUCACUGGAAGCUGAACCUGUUUGUCAUUUUGCUUAUCCUGGUCUUCAUGGUACCCUUCUACAUUGGUUACUUUGUUGUGAGCAAUAUCAGAUUAUUACACAGGCGGAAGCUGCUUUUUGCAUGUGUUUUGUGGUUGACAUUCAUGUAUUUUUUCUGGAAGUUGGGGGAUCCAUUUCCUAUCCUCAGCCCAAAACAUGGAAUCCUGUCUAUCGAACAACUCAUCAGCCGUGUGGGUGUGAUUGGGGUGACACUCAUGGCUUUACUGUCAGGAUUUGGGGCUGUCAACUGUCCAUACACUUACAUGUCCUACUUUCUCAGGAAUGUAACAGAUGCAGAUAUUCUGGCUUUGGAGCGACGACUCCUUCAGACUAUGGACAUGAUUGUUAGCAAGAAAAAAAGGAUAGCUGUGGCUCAUAGGACAAUGUUCCAGAGAGGAGAAGUGCAUAACAAACCCACUGGCUUCUGGGGGAUGAUAAAAAGUGUUACAACAUCUGUUGCAGGCAGUGAAAAUCUGUCCCUUAUCCAGCAAGAAGUGGAUGCCCUAGAAGAGCUGAGUCGGCAGCUUUUCCUGGAAACUGCUGACUUGCAUGCAACAAAGGAGAGAAUAGAGUAUUCCAAAACUUUCCAGGGAAAAUACUUUAAUUUUUUGGGUUAUUUUUUCUCCAUCUAUUGUGUCUGGAAAAUCUUCAUGGCAACCAUCAAUAUUGUAUUUGACCGUGUGGGGAAGACUGAUCCAGUCACAAGAGGAAUUGAGAUCACUGUAAAUUAUCUGGGAAUCCAGUUUGAUGUGAAAUUCUGGUCUCAGCACAUUUCCUUUAUUCUUGUUGGAAUAAUCAUUGUUACCUCUAUCAGAGGAUUGUUAAUCACACUUACAAAGUUUUUCUAUGCCAUUUCUAGCAGCAAGUCCUCCAAUGUUAUUGUUCUGCUUUUGGCACAGAUAAUGGGUAUGUACUUCGUGUCAUCAGUGCUCCUGAUCCGGAUGAGUAUGCCUCUAGAGUAUCGCACUAUUAUUACAGAAGUUCUGGGGGAGCUCCAGUUCAACUUUUAUCAUCGUUGGUUUGAUGUUAUAUUCCUAGUUAGUGCACUGUCCAGUAUCCUCUUUCUCUAUUUAGCACACAAACAAGCCCCAGAAAAGCACAUGGCCCUCUAAGUAAGGACUGCAGUCACGUGCUGCGCUUUGUCCUUUCUACUGGACUGCUGCAACUCCUGUGGACUGCAAAACUGGAAGAGAGCUGGGACCGUUCUGUGUGUUCCAACAGUGUAACUGGCUUUUUGAACUUCCACAUGUCUUCAUCAUGCUCUGUGGCUCAUUUUGUUAAAGUGCCACAGCCUUGAGUAAAAGGGAUGCACAUAUUGAAUGUGAAAUAGUUUGCUGCAAAGGAAUAAAGGGCACUCCUUGGUACACCAGUAUCUAGGGCAAUCAGAACUUGCAUAGUAGUUUGUCCUGGGUAAGACCUCUUUUAGAAGAACAUCAUCUUCAUAGAAGGCACAAAGAAAAUGUGACUUUUCUUUUGAAAAUCAACUCAUAAUUGGUAUUGAGAGGACAGCAAUUCUGGAGGUGAAUGUUUGAGUCUGUGGAAUUAAAUAAGCUUUUGCAAUAUCUCAUGCAGGCAUCACAGUUGUUUUUUGUCAGCUGUAAAGAUCUGACUGGAAGUGAGCUAGAAAAUGUCUAGGAUGAUUUGCUGCCUGGCAGAAGUGAAAUGGAGAGAAUUUCACUCCAUUUAUGUAUGGAGGGUGCACUAAUGCAUAUCACUUAUUAGCCCCUAUCUCAUGUCUCAACUUUCUUUCCUAUCUCUGCAUAAAUGGAACUGAGGUUUUGAACUUUUCUUUGCUAGAGUUCAGAGUGAUAUUGAAGACUGCAGCUAUGCCUUGUUUACUUCUUAAGUUAAACAAAUUUGUUUACCAUAAAUGCUGUAAAUUUGUUGUUCCCACAACCUGUGUAUUCUUCUACAGUAGCCUGUUUCCCCUUCCUGAUUUAAUUUAAGGCAUAAAAGUGAAUUUUAUUCAUUUGACUCAAACUUUUAUCUUCCCCAUAUCCACUCUCCCAGCUUUGUUUGAUUUAAAAUUGUUCUGGAACUUACAUCAUAGGUAGUAAGAGUAAGACCUGGGGAAAAAAAUAGCCACUCAAAACAAUUUGUUUCUGUGUUAUCUUUGAUGUACAGCAAGGAUGCAUAGUAUACAGCAGCAGUAUUACAGAACCAUUUGUAUUGUAUUCAAGACAAUAUGAUGUUGGCUUGGGGUUAGGCAAACCUGCAUGACUGAAUUAUGUAUGCUGUUCUAACUAGCAUGGUCCACAACUAGGUGCAGAGGAGAGAAAACAGUACUUAAACAUCCUGAAUUAUGAAUUAUGAAGUUAGCUUAAAGUUUGAAAGAAAUUUCUGCUAUGUUGGAGGGGGAGCGGAGCAUAAUGCAAAGAAGACAUUGACUUAUGCCAUUUCACAGCAUUUGUACUGCUGUAAGUACGGCAUAGGAAAGUCACCACAGAUUGAGUUGAUGAUUUUGGUUUAGGGUGAUUCCCUGAGUUCGGCUGGGAUAGAGUUAAUUUUCUUCAGCUUCUCAUACUGGCCUGACAAUGAGAAGGUAGCGAGUGCACAAGAAUCAGGGAGAGGAAAACCAACCAGGACAGCAGACCUAAACUGGCCAAAAGGGUAUUCGAUGCCAUAUGAUGUUAUGCUCAGCACAUAAACUGAAGGAGUCGGCCAGGGGGCAGAGAAUCCCUGCUCAGGCACAGGCUGCACAUUGCUUUCCAGGUGGUGAGCAAUUGCACUGUGCGUUACUCACUUUGUAUAUUUUUAUUAUUGUUAUUAUUUUUCUGUUCCUUUGCUGUUCUAUUAAACUGUCUUUAUCCCAGCUCAUGAGAGUCUUCGUGAUUCUCCUUAUCCCACUGGGCAGAAGGACUAAGCAGGUGAGCGCCUGCAUGGUACUUAGUUGCUGGCUGGGGCUUAUCCAUGACAGUCAUUUUGGGGCUUGAGUGGUUGAGAUAAUGAUGGAUCUGACCAGAGCGCAUUAACACAAAUUUGUCUUAUACAUUUAUCAAAUUAAUUUAAUAGUCACUGGUUGCAAAGUUGUUUUGUUUUUUUUCUCAUGGCUGUGUUAUGUAAAUCCUUAUAUGCACUAUGUAUUCCCUGUGGUGCUCUUUAUCACUUCUGGGCGGGGAAUCAGAAUUAUCAUGUUGCUAUCUUGUGUAACAUCGACUUAUGAUAACAUCACUAACCAUGAGGUUAAGAUAGUAUUUGCACGCAGAAUUGCUAUCAUGUCCAUACCUCGAGCACCAUCUCUCGGAAGUUAUUACUAAUCACACCCAGUCUAUGGGGAAGACAGAGGUGGAUACUUUCCCCCACUCUUUCACCUUCCUUUUUUCCUUCAGCUAGUUAUGAUAGCUGUUGAGAAUUUUGAAUAUCCUUGGGAUGUUCGAGCUGGGUUGCUCUUAUUGCUGUGUCUUCUGGAUGUGUUUCAGAUCUUGUUUAGGGUUACAGAAAAAAAAAAGACUAUAACCCAGAGAUCUGCUCUGAGACUGCAUAGUCGUGGGUAGCAUGGCAUGUGGGAGAAUGUGGACAGACAUCUAGAGAAAUCCUCACCUCCAUUGGUUUAGAAUUUCACUGCUCAACAACUACAGGACCCCAAUGAAGUGAUAGAAUAUUUGAAAGGAAAAUGCUGUGACUGUUCAAAAGAGGCAGAAUUUGCCACACUGUGCUGGACCCUGAGCAGUAUCUACCAAACACUGCUUAGUAUUAGGCAGCCCUCUUGGGGGGAUGAGAGGAAAAACAGGCCCACAGGCACUGUGGCUACUCCAACCCUAGUGACGGGCACUAUGGCUACUCAAACUGUGGUGGCAGGUGCUGCAGCUGAACCAGAGAACCAAGUCAUGCUGGCUUCAGUCACCUCUGUACAGACAAAUACACAAAAAAAUCAUUUUGCUUAGUGAAGGAUUGAAGUGAACCAAGGUUGCUGGCAGAAAAGGAAGAAAAGGCAAAAUGAGAGAGAUAAUCACCUGAUUCCCUAUCCCUCAGUGAGCUGCGAGAUCCGUGAAAAGAUUUCAACUGCCAACCAGGAAAGUGCGUUGUUAUCUGGCUUCUCUGAUGCAGAGAUAAUGGGGCCAGUGGACUAUGGUUAGAGGGUUUCUCUGGCAGAAAGUACUAGGGGAGACUUGAGGUUGACCUCUAGGGUUUUUAGACUCAGGUGUCUGAGGCCUCCUAUACCAAACUGGAAAAGUUAUUUGGCAGCAUAUGAAGGAGUUAGAGCUGCUUUGGAAGUGAUUGGAACUGAAGCAGUUUCUCCUAGUGUCCUGAUUACCAUUAUUGGGAUGGAUAUUCAAGGGUAAGGUUUUUUCUACAUCAUGCCACCUGUGCUACGUGGAAUAAGUGGGUUCAUAAAUCACACAGUGAGCCCCUGUAGGAAGCCCCAGUUGUCGAACAUCGGGAUGCACAUUUAGCAGAAGCCACCUGGUUAGUCAACACUAGGGAAUCCACCAACUGAGCUGGCCCUACCCAGUCUAAACUUCCAUGUACUGCAGAACGGUAUGAAGUCCACCAUAGUGUGCAUGAAGAAUAUGCUAGGGAAGACAGUCUGGGUUAGUCCUGCCUCAGGGAAAGGCAAACCCAUCUGCCAGAUUGCUUUUGCUCCAGGACCUGAGUGCACUUUGUGGGUGAUGUGGAAGGAUGGGGAAAACUGAUCCCUCAAGGGGAUUUGAUUUUGAGUGAGAAUAGCCAGUGAAUUAAACUGUAUGACGUUAACUGUUAGAUAACCCUACCACUGUAUGUCAUUACUACUACAGUUGCUAUAUGCCCUAUCAAUGGUAUUACAGUAAGAAUCACCCAAAUUAAUGAAAAAUGAACUUUGAUGAAACUGUACAAAGUGCUGUGGUAACGGGACCGGAAUUGGCUUCAACAACUGGUGACCAGCAACAUCCUCAAGAUCGACAUCUUUAACCUACAGGCCGUGGGUGUGGGCCGUACUAGAUACACCAGCCAUGAGGUCCAGAUGGAGCACGCAACAAUCCAGUACCACACACCAUCUCUUCGGCCUUGAAACACUGUUAU